AGGUGCAUUUGUCCCUGUUGAUUGGCUACACAGCGGCAACUUCGGGGUACAUUUUACCCUCCAGAACCAGCACGCACUGUAGUCCUUCAGUUUCUCUUCCUCAUCGUAAACUGGCAGCAGGUUUUGACCCGCAGCAGGAUGGCUUGUGAAAUCUGCAGAGACACCGAGCUGGAGCAGGCCGAAAAUACUGAGGACCGCGUUGUAAAGCGAGGUAGUGUGUUUCGCCCCAUUCUGCGCGGACUCUUCUGGCCCUUCGGUAUCGUGGUGCGCACAUACCGCGGGUUUUGGUGGCUGUUGGGCUUCCGGCAGCCACUGGAGAUCGCCGUCGUCAGCCCCGCGGUGUCCAGUCCCGUACGCCAUAGCCUCGCAGGCCGCAAGCGCCUGCACAGGUUCACCCGCCUACUGCUGUCCAUCCUGCCCCGCUGGGUGCAGAGCGCCAUGGGCUACCCAGUGUCCACCAGCAUUGGGAGAUCCCUCUCACCAGCCUACAAGAAGGCUGAGCAAUCCUCAAAUGAGGUAUCAAGCUCCACUUCAGAGAUCCGAGUCUCUCCUACUAAACCUUGUGGAAAGGGCAGCAAGAGAAAGCAGGAUGAGUUGGAUGAGGAUGAUGAGGAAGACGGUCAGACCUGGGUGGAGGCACUCAAUCAGGAGCUUGAUGACGAUGAAAGCCCCGAUCAGGAUCCUGACUAUGAGCCCAGUACUAUAGAGACUGAGAGUGAAGAGUACUGCUCACACAACAGCACGGAAAGCGACCUUGAAGUUCAGGAGAAUAUUGUGGUCAUUGAAGAUGUGAACACGGGUGUCGAGCUGGCCCCUCCAUCUGAAGUCUCUUGUCCUGAUGUUUUGUCAUAUUGACAAUGUUGUAGUAUUUCAGUGUUUUUGUAUCUUUAUAUUCAAUAAACGUAUUUUUCCUUGA